AUGUGGUCUAAUAUUUAUGAAUAUAUAAUUUAUUUUCCUCGAUGUAAAAAGGAAUUAGAAAAUGAAAAAAAAGAACCGAGUGCAGAUUACAAAAAUGAAUGUAAACCUAUUAUGAAAGGAUAUUUAACAGAUAAUAAUUUGGAUGAAAAUAAUAUUUGCACCACAGCUACGUCAUAUAUACAUAAUAUUUCUCGUACUCAUAAUCCUAUACCUGAAAAUGCUAUUUGUUCAUACAUGUAUUAUUGGAUAUAUCAUGAACUUAUCAAUAUAGGUAAAAGUUGCGAUACCAAAAAACUUUACAAAGAAUUUUUGACACUUUUAAAAAAUAACGGCGUACAACACCCAUGUAUAACAUAUGCGGAUAGUAUUAAUUCCUAUGAUCAUUUUGAAAAAGUCAAAUAUUUAUAUGAAACAUCUCUAUGUUUAAACACAAUUGAACACGAAGAAGAAUAUACCUCAUUUCGUACAAUCAUACCCUAUAAAUUAAAACGUAAAAUAAGUGAGUUCAAAAAUAAAGAUGAAGAAAUGAAUAUGUUAGAUCAAUAUGAAGACUUUAAUAGUAUAACAAUAUAUAAUGGAUAUAAUAUAGUCUAUAGUUCAGAUUAA